GAUUACUUUACAAACAUGGUUCUAGAAAAAGGUUAUAUUGCAGAACAAAUCUUUAAUGUUGACGAAACUGCUUUUUUCUGGAAGAAAAUGCCAUCUCGUAGCUAUAUUACCAAGCAAAUGGAAGCAAUGCCUGGAUACAAACCAGCAAAGGAUAGGAUAACCAUUAUGGUAGGAGGAAAUUUGGCUGGAGAUCUUAAAUUAAAACCCCUUGCCGUUUACCGUUGCCGCAAACCACGAGCAUUUAAAAACAUAGAUGCAAAAAAGCUACCAGUUGUAUGGAAAUGGAACUCUAAAGCUUGGGCAACACGCUCCAUUUUUGUUGAAUGGUUUCAUGUAAGCUUUAUUCCUGAGGUCCAACAAUAUUGUGCUAAAAAGGAUAUUCCUUUUAAAGCUUUGUUAUUGCUUGAUAACGUUCAUGGGCAUCCUACGGAAUUGAACGAUUUGCAUCCUAACAUUGAAGUCAUAUUUCUGCCUCCACGAACCACAUGUUUGCUACAACCAAUGGACCAAGGAAUCAUAGCAACACUUAAAUCGUACUAUUUGAGGCGCGUAUUUAAACAAGCAAUAGAGACCAUAGAAAAUGUUCCCGAAAUAACACUGAUAGAAUUCUGGAAAAAAUUUAACAUAUUUAAUGCCAUACAAAAUAUUUCGGAGGCAUGGAAAGAAGUGAAACAGGAAACAAUGAAUGGUUGCUGGAAGAAAAUAAUCCCGGAUUAUUUUAUACACUCCGAUUGCAUUGACAAUCAAAUUCAUAAUUCAGUCGAGGAAUGUGUAGAAUUAGCCAACAGGCUGGAAAUAGAAGUAAAUAUUGACGAAAUGAGACAGCUGAUAGUGAAUGCAGGAGAAACGCUAAGUAAUGAGAAGCUAAUACAGGAAAGUACAUUAGAGGCACUGGAAAAUUGUGAAGGCGAUGAUAAUAGUGAGGAUGUGCCAUGCAGCAGUAAAAAAAAUUUCACUGCUAAAAAAUUAGAAUUAGCUUUUAGUUACAUGGAAAAAGCUUUAUCGGCAAUAGAAGAAAUGGACGAAGACGAAGAAAGGUUCAAUAGUGUGAUGCUGGAUACCCAUCAAAACCGUGGUUGA